AAAUAGCUUCCGUUUUACACUGGCAGUGAUUGGACUAUUCUCUACUUUACCCAGUGAGCUAACAUACUGGUUGAACAAGUCCGACAUUCUCCACUUCAAUGGAGGAACAGCCCAAAGAUCGGGCACAAGAGAGGCAAUAUUACCACCACGCAGAGGACAGAAGCCCCGCUCGACAUACAACUUGUCCGAAAAAUGAUCAGAGCCACUUCCAGCACCAGCAUCAGGAAACGCAGACGAAGAAAACAGGCAAUAAAAAAGUAAACAUCAGUGACGAGGAGGGGGAGAAGAAUCCACAUCGGUUUGAUACUGUUGGUAUGUCACAUCCUUCCAACAGCAAUGGUAACAGACACAUAAUUAAUGCAAACACAAAACAGAAGUCAACGCAAAAGCUGUACACGACUGUUCCAAAGGUGAGCAGCAAAGGUUUGGACCAUAAGAAGAGUAUGGACCUGAAAAAUGACAAGGAAAAGGCCUUGGAUUUGAAUCACCAUGAGGGCCAAACCUUGGAUAAGAAAGACUCUGUGUUGCUUCAAAAUGGCGUUGUAAACUGUGGUUUUAUUGCAAAUGGCUAUUCUAGCAAGGACAAUGAUGGCAGCGGCUCUGAAGGUGGAUAUACUACUCCGAAGAAACGCAAGGCCAGAUGUAAUAGUGUCAAGAACACUGAGAAUGUGAUUAGAGAAAAGGAGAAAGACAUGCAGCACGGCAACACUACACAGGAGCCUGGGGCUUUUAAUCUUGAGACAACUGAGAAGGGAGUAAGUUCAAGACUUGAUGGCUUUAGAGCUGUACAUAAAGUAGAAGCUCAAUCAGCAGCCAGACGGGCUGUUACCUCUGAGGCUUCAGUGAGUGAAUCUCAGAGGAAAAACUCGGAUGGCAAAACAGUAGGCACCUUUGGUAAAAAAUUUGAGGAAAGGCACAAAGCCAAGAUUUCCUCACCUUCAAAAGAGGACUCAUGGACUUUGUUCAAGCCCCCUCCAGUAUUUCCUGUGGACAAUAGCAGUGCUAAAAUUGUGCCCAAGAUCAGUUAUGCAAGUAAAGUAAAGGAGAACCUCAACAAAGUAGCCCAAGCUGGGGGAGAGGCGCUGUCUCCCCCUGUUAGACUGUCACAGGUCCCUAUGUCCGCUAUGAAAACUAUGAAAACUAUCACCUCAGCUAGCUUUACUAAUGGUCCUGUUUCUGGAAAUGGAAACAGCUGCCCGUCAGUGGGUACCUUCUUUGCUCCUGCUGCUAGUAGUAUUCCACCAGCCCCGUCUCUCCCAAGUGGCGAGAAUGUAGCAUCUCCUUUGGAAAGUAACUGUAGCUCUACAACCAGUCCCGUAGAUGCAGAAGCUUAUGAGCUUAGAAAGUGUACUCUUGUAAUUUACCCUUUAAAUAUGCAACCUGUGCUCCCUAGUGCUCGCCAACUCGACCCACCGGCUGCUCAGACAAAUCAGAAAGCCUUGGGAGAUAUCUUCCAAAAUCAGUGGGGGCUUUCCUUCAUCAACGAGCCCAAUUUGGGGCCAGAAGGAGGGAAUGGGCAGAUGACUACGGAGGACAAAACUACUGUGGUCACAACUCAAGGCGAGAGUCAGGCUGUUGCAGCCAAGGCUGCCCAGCCAUGCAUUGACGCUUGCCCAUCAAUCCCGGAGCCAGUCACUUUAGCUCAAGACCCUGAGAAAAGGACUUGUGCCCCUAGCAAUGUGUCUAAUGCUUGUUCCCCUGCUUGUGGGACAAGUGAGGAGGAGACUAAGGUGCAUCCAUUUGGCCAGGAAAAGACAAAAGUUGAGGCCAAGAGUCCAGGUUCUGCUGUGCCAGCCCUCAGUAAGGACAACGGUGCUAAGCCUACACAGGGCCUGCUGACCACCGUGUCGUUUGGCUCAUCUAAAGAACAGACCCACUCAAAAGACAUUGGCAGAAGGUGUAGCUGGGGGACGUUCGAUAUUAAAGCUGCUGUCACUUAUCACACUAAAGAAAUGGAAUACAUUUUCAAUUUGCAAAAACAAGAUCCAAAAAGAGUAGUGGUUUAUGAUGAGACCAAGGAUGGACCUGAUCAGUGAGGUAGAUUUCCUACAGUACUAAACCUUCUCCUCUCCUGGGUGCUGCAGUUACCUACCUUGGAAGUCAUGAUCCUGUUGGAUAGAUAAAAGUGACAACUGUGAAAAACUGACAGUUGAGCGUGGCGGAUUUUCUUUGGGAUCUAAGGUGGAAUAACAGACUCUUUGGGGCAUCCAAUGGUUGGACUUGGUUCAGAAACAAUCAGACUCGGGAGAGAUGUUUAGAGUUGUCUGGUGCCUCUCCAAUAUGAUGGACACUUUCGACAUUGAGCUGUGAUAGACGCCUGUCUCAUAGCUCUUUAGAGAUGAUGUUGGGAAUUCAACAAAAAGGAAGGUGUCUUCGACUGCACCUCCCAAGCCUUUAUCCUGUUGUCCAUUGAACUGCGGCAACCGUCAGUCUGACUGUAGGAUGCCUCGGCCAUUUUAUUUCUUCACGCAUUCAAAAUAAGUUCAUUGUAGAUACGUUAGAAUUUAUACAUACACAUCAGUGUGCAAGUUUGAAUUCAUCUUGAGAGAAAGGAGAACACACUCUGAAGAGAAUGCCUUGAAGUUGUGAAAUUGAGUUUUGGAGGAGUCCUGUUAAACUGCGAGUUACAUGAGAGCCGAUAGGUAAGGCCCUUUCCUGUGAGGGAGAACCUUUGUCUUAAAUCCGUAGAGGAAAUCAGAAUGCCCAGUAAUUAAAUAACUGCUCUUCCUUUCUUUUCUUUUUUUUAUGCUGUUUUUGUCUGACCUACAUGAAUAAGUGUUACCUGCACUGCAGUAUGAUCCCAGAGCACAGAUACAGAAGUGCCCAUUUUGAAGGAACGCCACGCCCCUUCGUUUUUUUGUUUUGUUUUGUUUUGUUUUGUUUUGUUUUUAUAGGAGUGAUAACGAUUUCAAAAUCAGGUUAUAUGUCUCCAUCAAAGUUGAUUUUGUUUGUUUGUUUUUUUAAUCUUAAAGUUUUUCAUACAUUUCAUGCGGUUUAUUGACAUGAGAUCGGUGCAGCCUGUUCUUAAAUUCAGAUUCGUAAACCUUUUUCAACACUGUCAUAUGAAUCAUACAGGUUUAUGAAUAAGGUGAAAGUGACAUUGUGGAGCAAGAGAGAUUUCUUAUGAGUGGUAUUCUGUGUUUUGAGCUAUUCAUUGAGCAGCAAGACUCAGGAUGUCCUUAAAAAACGAUUUUGCCUGCAUUCUCUCUCCAUGGAAAGAAAGGUUAAUUUCCUGUUGUCAAAGGAAUAUGUAUUUUUUUUUUUUUUCUUUUUUUCUAACUGAGCAUUUGGUCUUUAAUUUUCUGUCUGAUUACUAUGGCAUUGUAUUUCUUGCAUGUUUACUGGUGGAGAUGAAUGAGUCAGAAGUCACUGUUCAUUGCCACACAAAGAUGACAGUAACACAGCAACAACAACUGCAAUACUAAUCCAGGGUCCCUGACUAGCCACUUUGUCAUACUGUGUUGAAAUGUGAAGAUGAAUAGUACUUUUAUGUUACGCUGUGGAUAACAUUUUACGUUUGCGAACCAGUGUGCAAUAACACCGUGUGAUCCCAUACAGCUGGCGAAAAAGGUUAUAUGGGGCUACUAAAACAUCACACAUAAUGCUUUUGUGGCCUGUAGUCCAUAAGUAGCUUCUGUCUGUGUCCAAAACGUUCAGGAUGUCAUGCUUUCAUAGAAGAGGUUGUGCUGAAAGAGCUGAUUAAGUCUGGGGAGCCCAAAAUUUGCCAACGUGCUGACUGGCCAGCCAUGACAUCAUUUGUAUGACCAUCUCGAAAUCAGGAUCAGUGUUCAGUUAAAACGAGGAACUGUCCGGGUUUCUUUUUUUCUCUAGAUGACAUGAUUUGGUUAAUGUGUGGAUUAAUGGCACUUUAUGUAAACUAAUUGCUUUUAUCUUUUUAAUUACUAGAGAGAUCUAUAUGUACUGACAAGAAAUACUCCUUGAAAGAAUGGCUCUGGGCUGUUACCUUUCAGAAAAAAAUAAGUUGAUAAAUACAUAAUUAUUAAAUGUUACUCAGGUAGUGUUGAUAAAGCCAUGACUAUGUUAAAUAUUGUUUUUUGCCAAAUGGCCCCUGUCAUUUAAUGUGCCCAAAUUGGAAACUGUCGUACUGGUUAAUUGGAGUCCUAUUAUAUUCUCAUAUGCUGUGAUGAAACACCAAAUUAUUUCUUUUUUAAAGAAAACUGUGUCAUGGCAUGCAAGGUGCUGUCAUUGAUCAUUUUAGCCCCUAAGCAUAUGAGGUUUUUUUUUUGUUUGUUUGUUUGUUUUAAUUUCCCCAUAAGAACAGCACAUUGCUCCUUAUGUUGUUUUCCAUGUACAAUAGACGGUAAUCAUCUUGCAAUUUCUGAUGGUUCAUUUUCUGUCUUUAGUUUGUAGUGAAGCAUCUCUUGACUUAUUACCGAACUUCGGUGGUGUUUAUAUGGGGUAGCUACAAUCUGGGUUCGAGCUUUUUUUUCGAGUACAAUUCUUUAUAAUGUGUUCUGCUUAGUCACAACUUGUUCUUACAACUUGAAGUUGUAAUUGCACCCAUGUUUUGUACAAGCUGCCUGACUUUUUCCUUCAAUCUGUCUAAUCCCAGUUAGCUCUCUAUGUAAAACACUUUGUUUUUGCUUCCAUUUUCCAGCAUGUGAUGGACGAGUGUGUUAUCAGAUAUUGUGCUGCAAAUGAGAACAAAAUUGUCUUCUGUGGUCGAUGAGGAAGAAAGUAUCAGAGCGGUUGUUUGCUGUUUAGACACAUUGUUAUGCUUUGAACACUAGUGAGAGUUGAUGGCCUUUCCAGCAUAAAGUUUGGCAGAAGUCAUUGCUUCAUUUAUCCCUGAUUGCACAUACUCCAUAGACAAAGUGACUUAAUCAGGUUCCCAAACUGUACAUGCCAAAUUCAACAGUAUCGUGGUCUCAAACGUUCGUUUUGAGUGGACAGUGAAUACAUCCUUAGGUUUCUAAAUGUAAAAACAGGGUGGUCACACUAGGUAGUAUGUGAUGUUACUUUUGUCUUAUGGUGAAAAACCCUUCGAGCAGAUUUGUGUGUGUGUGUGUGUGUGUGUGUGUGUGUGUGUGUGUGUGCGUGCGCGCGCGCAUGUGUGUGUGUGUGUGUGUGUGUGUGUGUGUUUUGAGAGGAUGGUCCUGGAUACAGGGAAAUCAGAAUCACCCAUCCUCUUGCCCAAGGCUCCUCAUUUUAAAGCACUUAAUACAGCAAAAAGGCUAUAUUGAUAUGCAUUUAUGAAGAUAGAACAAUUAUUUAGCAUUGUAGCCUGCAAACCAAAAACUGGUUCUUUAUAGCUAAGUAUAUGGUAAUACAAUGAUGGGGGGAGUGAGUGUCGGUGUGCUUUGUGUUGAAAAAGAAAAGCCUGAACAUGUUGAGUCUAUAAUUUUCACCCCCUCAGGAUGUGCAAUCACCUCAAGGAUGCUGAUGCAGGCUUCCAGGUUGUGAGUGACUAGUUUGGCCGUUGGGCCACGUUGUUUGUGGGUGUGUGCAGUGCAUAGUGAGUUCUUCCUAUUAUAUGCAAGUUCCCCAUAUAUUUCAAAAUCCCUGUUGUUUCAUGUUCAGGUGCCUGUGUGGAGAAAAAAAAAAAAAAAAAAAAAAAAAAAAAAAACUUUUACAGCGAUUUUGAUUGUUGUUUAAAAAAUCUGCUUCCAGCAUAUAUCCGUGCCAUUUUUUGUUUUGUUUUCUUUUUGUAACAUUUGCAAUGCUGUUCAAAUUUUCUUACAGCUAUCCUAAUUUUUUCUUUUAAGUGACAUGGAAGUAGCUGAAAGCGAUGAGCGUUUCUAGAAGUUCUGUAGUUUUUUUUUUUUUUUCUUUUUCUUUUCUUUUUUUUUUUUUUUUUUUCCUUAAUUUUCAUGGCUUGAAAAAUUGUGUGACCUAAAGCCAAAAUCCGUUUGAAUGGGACAGGCGACAACUGCUUGCUGGUAUAUAGCCACGCUAGUCCAUUGUCAAGUUAACUUCUGAAGUAGCACAUUUAUUAAUUUGAACUGAUUUAAUGAAUUAAUAUUUUAACAUUGUAUGUUUUUAAAAGAAACUGAGUUUAUUUUUUAUUUGUCACCUAAUUUAUCCAUAGAUGCACAAUUAGAAUGAAACUACUUCAAAGGAGAAUGAUAGGGAGAAUAAAGAUGUCUCAUUUUUGAUCAGUUUUAGAUUGUUUUAGUUAUUGAUUAUGGUUGAAGUAGACCUUUUUUUCCCCCUAUAGCAUCAAUGUUAAUAUAUUUGAAUUUUUUUUUUUUCCAGCAGACUUUAUACAAAUUAUUUUAAUGCAUUUCUUCAAAUAGUUGUGAUGGCGUAAAUGAGCAUUGAAAUACACUGCAUCAAGAGUUCCUCCUAAUAUAUAUUUUUUGUAGUGUUCUUGAUGAUGUUGUGAGGGGGAAGUGAGGUUAAAGGGGUAUUAAUGUGCAGUCUGACAACUCUGAAUCUGCUUUCGCCAAAGGUACACACCUCAGAUAUUCAGCUACAGUAUGGCAAAUGGGGGACAUGGACACACAAGAUUGCCGGCUUCCUGACAGCUUGCUGGGGUUUUGGAGGAACUUUUGAGCAAAGUCAAUACUGUAGCGGCUGAAUGUCACUUUUGAGUGUGUUUAUGGUGUGGGAAAGGAGAAAUCCAAAAGGAAGACAAUAUAGAGAUAAAAACAAAUACCGAAAGUGCUGCUUCUUUCAUCCAGUAAUCAAUCGUCUGUAAUGGGAAAUGCUGGACUUGGUGUUUGUGCUCCACUUAAAAACUGUCCCUUCUACCACUGUCCUUGCCUCUUGUGAAAACAUUUUAAUUUAGGGGGCUUUUUUUGUUUUGUUUUUGUUUUUUAUUCUGUGGCACCUUAGAGGUACAGUAUUUAUGGCUAUACAGAUUUUGGGUAUAAACAAGGGCAACACGUGUCUUUUACAGGAUUCUGUACUGCUAACGGACACUAAGAGAGGUGAUAUGUGGUGCCGAGUCAUCUUCGUUCUGUUUCUGUGUCAUCUCAAAUGGCUAUUGUGCUUGUUGAUGCAUUAUCAGUCUGCUCCUCUGUUAUCACUUAUACACCUCUGCCCCCCAAACCCCUCCCCCCCAAAAAAUGAGGCAAUAGCAUUUCUUUCUCAAAUGUCUUACAAGUUGACAUUUAAGUUGUUAAGUGUGCAGUCUGAUUGUUUAAUUUUUUUUUUCAAUUUAACAGAAGUGUCACAUUACAAUGUUCCUUUUUUAAAGCAUGAUAAUAACCCUCAAAUUCCAAACAAUGUAAUAGAUUCAAUAAAAAAAGAGAAAAACUCAAGUGUUCACAGUUUUAGUUUCCAUUAAAAUGAAAUGUCAAAUUUUCA